AACGUACAGCACGCGCUGCUCGGUUUCGGAGGCGCUUUAAGCACAUUGCAGAGCAUCAUCCUCGAGGACACUCGCGCUGAAUCCCCUCCAAUGAGCUUCCGAAGUGCGCUAGCAUGGGGUAGGAAGUUUCCUAUUCUGGAAGCUUUUCCGUUGUAUAAGAUGUCAACUGGACCGCUGAAAUAUAACCUAUCCAAACGACCGGGGUUUAAUCUAUCUGGCUUUAAAAAUAACGCUUUGCCAUUGGUUAAAAGUUCUCUUUUGAUAUACAUGUAUGGGUGGUAAAAACAUGUUCAUGUGGACAAUCGAAACCUCCUCGUCAAAGUUACCUGAAUAACUAAAUGUCAUCGACUCUCAGCUUCCCUUCACCGAAGAACAGCAGCCUUUUCACGGCGAGCUAUGAAAGGAUGGACCUCUCGGAGGCGCAAAGACAGAUGAGUCUGGUUCUGUUCGCCUCAUGCAUUGCCAUCGCCGCUGCCACCUUCGCAGGAGGUGUGUAUUCUCUUUUGUUUUUCUUUCGGAUGAGAUGGAAAACCACCCUGUGCCUCAUCGUGGCUUCGAUGUCCGUUGACGACCUCAUUAGCGUGAUACCCCUCUCCCUAUUCAUGCUCCUCCAAUGGGAGAGAGAUCCAGAGGAACGGUCGGGUACCAUAUGCACUUUAUCGGGACUUCUCUAUGUGUUCCAAGGACUCUCCAGCAAUAUGAAAGCUUGCCUUAUCGCAGCCUACACCUUUUACGUUACCAAGCGAGACGGGAUUCCUCGGCCGUUGAGUGUGAUGUGGGCGAUAGCCGGGGUGUGUGUGGUCAGUCUGGCUGUCAGUGUGCUACCUCUGUGCGGUUGGGGGAGUUUCACACCAGCCUCUCUGGGUUGCUUUCCUGAGAGUCACAGUUUUUACGUCCUUAUCCUUUUCUUUCUGUACUCCCUGUGUUUUUGCGGAUUACUGUUCUGUUUCUUUCCUCUCACUUACAAGCUCCUGUGCUCCAGGGAGCACCAAAGGACGUUCUACCCAAGCUACUUGAAUAUAGCCACGGAUCCGAGGGGGGACGUUUCUGCGCCUCUCUGUGACCUCCCCUCCCUCUCUCGGGAUAGCUUGGACAGGAGUUUCAGUGCCUUCAACGAACUGAGUUCGGUUGGGCUGGGGUUAGGGGCGAGGGGCAAGGUGGACACGUAUACCUGCCCAAGCCCAGCUUCAGAGGGUGGACUGAGGGAUGGUGCCAUCAGUAAUCCAGUGUUCUUUGCGCAGAAGCGAUUCUCCAUGAUAUUGGCGGUGGUGAGAGUUGUCUUGUGGAUGCCAAUGAUGAUUCUGGUGCUCGUGCAUCAUGCAGGUAAGGUGCGCGGCGCUUCCCUGGAAAUUGUGGAAACCGUGAGCUUCUUCUUGACCCUGCUGGCGCCUUUGGUCACGCCAAUGUUUGUGCUCUCCGAGCGCUGGAUCCACCUUCCGUGUGGUUGCUUCAUCAGCUGCCGUCGGGACACUGCAGGCGAGCCCAGCGAAAAGAAAAGGCGGUUUGAGUUUAACCUCUCCUUCCAACAAGGAUAUGGAAUAUACAAGAUAUCCCACAUGACUAAACCAGACCCCAGCCCUUCUGUUGAUAAGCCCUCCUAUCAUGACCUCUUCAACUGUGACUUCAUAGAAAACCGACACCCUGUGCUGGAUAGUGUCGGGGUCACAAUCCUGCAGACCGAGUCAGAGUUCAGGAGCCCGCAUGCGGUAGACAGCUCCUCACUUCACGAACAUGGUGAGCUGCUUUUAGAGGCGGUGGCAGGUGGUGGUGAGGCCCUGGCGCUGGCAGACUGCCUCCAGUUCCCUCACGUUAACCAUGGAGACCAGGAGGGCUUCUUCAGUGGGACCAGGUCUCAGGAUCCCGAGGAGCUGAAUCUUAACGACACGUCGUCAGUGUUCGAGGGAACGGAACGGAGGCUGUCGCAUGUGGAGUGCAGGAAGAUAGAGCUGUCCGACUGGGAAUGGUGUCGGAGUAAAUCCGAGAGGACACAGAGACAGAGAUCAGGGGGUGGUCUGGCCAUCCCGCUGUGUGCCUUCCAGGGCACUGUCUCCUUGCACGCCCCCACAGGGAAGACCCUCUCCCUCUCAACCUAUGAGGUCAGCAGUGAUGGCCUGAAAAUAUCUCCCCAUGCCGCCAAGAAAGUCGAAGUCUACCGCUCCAAGUCAGUAGGCCACGAGCCCAGUGCCGACGACCCCGGCUCGGAGGGUGCAUCUGGGUGUGUGAGUGGCGCCGGAGUUGGGAUGGAGGUGGAGAUGGGCAUGGGCGAGGUUGGCAUGGGGGACACCAAUGUGAAGAUCCACCUGGAGGUGUUGGAGAUCUGCGAUAAUGAGGAGGCCAUGGACAGCGUCUCCAUCAUCUCCAACAUCAGCCAGUCGUCCACCCAUGCCCGCUCCCCGUCACUACGCUACUCUAGACGGGAGAACCGCUUUGUGUCCUGUGACCUGGGGGAGACGGCCUCCUACUCCCUGCUCAUCCCAAACAGCGGCAACCAGGAAGCGGACAACCUCAACAUCUCAAUCCCAGACACUGUGGAGGCCCACCGGCAGAACAGCCGCAGACAGACACAGGAGAUGGGAGGAUACCACGAGGAGAUCCAGCUCCUCAAUGAAGCCUACAGGAGGCACGGAGAGGACAGAGAAGACUGACCCACAGGAAGCAGGGAAGGGGACCAGAGGGAAGGAUGGACUUUCACGCAGGAAGAGAGUGGGAGGAACGGUGGAUGCCAUUGUGCACACAAGAUGCAGACCGGGAUUUACAGACAUUUGUAGAAGGAUCAACCUUUUAAAUCUAUAUUUUAGGUCAACGUCAGCUGACACUGCCUAAGACUGCAAUGUGUUUCCAUUCUUUGCAUCGAAGGAAGGAUAAGUGUACGUGAUUAGGUGAGUGGACGGUGGAGCUUUAGCCUGAGUAAGGUGUAGCAGCAUAACGAAAGACUAGAGAGAGCAGAAAGAAAGCAUUAGGGAUUAUCCAUCUUGGUAUUCAUACAGGCACCUCCACCCCAUAGAUACCCAUAUGUAGUAUAUAAAAUAUAUCGAAAGAGAGAGACAAAGUGAGUGAGAGAGAGAGAAAACACAUUAGGGAUUAACCAUCUUAGUAUUCAUGCAGGGUCUCCACCAUAUACAGUAUCUGCUCUGGUAUACAUACACUAUAUAUACACAAAGAGAAAGGAGGAAGAAAAAGGCAGUGGGACGGGUAGGGACAGAAAACAUGGGGAACAGAGAGAGAAAAGAGAGGGAGAGAAAGAGAGGGAGCUAGAGAAUGGGACUGAGUGAGCGACAGGGAAGACAGAACGACAGGGAAAGAAAGAGACGAAUGAGAGGAAGACAUCGAUGGGAACGAGGAGGGUCAUGGUUCUGUUCUUACCGUUGACGUCAUCAGUGACUCAGCAGGGAGACCACUGGUCGCUAUGUCUGAGUCAUCCCAAUGUAGGUGUGUGCGCGCAUGCUCUGCCUGCGGGCAAGUGAAUCCGUGUGUGUAGGUGUGGCUGCGUGCGUGCGUUUGUGUGUGUGUGUGCGUUACUUAUGUGUUUCUUUAAUCUUUAAAUUAUCUGCCAAUAAGCCUGCAGUCUGGCUAACAUACAGGAUACCUUACUACUCACUGUACUGCUGUAUGUGACAACUCUCCUUUUAUUUAAAUCAGAGGGGAGGAAGAGAGAGGGAGGGAGGUAGAGAGAAGAAGAAUGAAAGAAAGAGGGGACAAACGAGAGAGCAGAGGGGGAGAGAGAGAUGGAAAGAUGGAAGGAAAGAGAGAGACAGAGGGAGUGAGACCAGGGGAGAAAUAGGGAGUGAGAUGGAAGGAAUGGUACGAGGAGUGGUUUUCUGCAUCAGGAACAUUCCAUCAACCAUUUGAUCGAAUCGUUGAGUGACAGGGUGCAUAUUUUACCGCUGAUGGAGGCACCAAGUGAACCCGCAUUUUAAAUACACGCUUAGUGGUCCUCUCUUCUAAACUCUAAGUUCAGUGCCUCUCGGUUCAGAGCAACCCAAGCCAGUCUGCCACGCUUCAUACAUAAAUUCAGCUUCAUAAUAGAAUAUUCAUUUGUGAUUCAAAAAGGUUUGAAAUAUUCACCAGAAUGAAUAUGUAGUGAAAUCAUAGAGCUGUGUUCUGUUUCACUGGUCUUUAACACCUGCACACAUACACACAGUCACACAUGUUGCACGCACACACACACACACACACACA